AUGUACUCGUCGGGUGGAGUGCCUUCACCUUCAUCUGACGAUGAGGACGACGAGGCAAGUCAGGCUUCCCGCGAUGAAGAGUAUGACCCUCGUUAUUAUCAUACGGUGCAGAGGGGUCAUACUGGGAGAUUUGUCAGCAGUAGUCAAACCAGUCAGCCUUCCACUAGCACAGCAGAGGCAUGGGUAGUGCAGGAGGCGAUGCCAGGAGGUCCUGAGGAUGGGACCGUUAUCCUAGCUUUGGGGGGCACGUGGCUGCGUAUAUAUGGGGCGGGCAGGAGCGUAAUGUUUUGCGCUGUUUGGGCAGGACGCAGUUGUGUUCUGACUUUUGUUGAGAGAUGGCAGCCAGAUACGAACACGUUCCAUAUGCCAUUUGGGGAGAUUACGAUCAUGCUGCAUGAUGUGUACUACAUUCUUGGGCUUCGUGUAGAUGGUAGCAUGGUGUCCGCUACUCCCAGUACGGACAUCCUGCGGGACGCAUGCUCGAUCACCAUGGACAUGACUGCAGAGGAGCUGAAUGAGAAGUGCGGUACCAAGACUGUCUGGCAGGGUAGUGGGGUGCUGACGGAGAGGAUUGCGGACUCGACCCUGGAGUCGCAGAGGCCUUUCAAUGUCCAUUACAGUGCCUACCUGUGGUUAGUGCUGGGCGGAUGUCUGUUUCUGGACAAGAGUGGUAACCGUACUCAUCCGUCCUUCCUCAGCGAGCUUGUUGUGGAUGUUCUGCCGAUCAAUGAGUACUCUUGGGGUUCAGCUGUUCUGGCGUAUUUGUAUCGGCAGUUGGGCGUGGAUCUAUGA